AUGGCUGUACCACCAUCUCCAGGCCUCGGCAAGUUCAGCAAGAGGUUCAACAAAGUGGCUACCCCUCCUUCUCCUCCUUGCUACGACUCUAGCAGCGACGAUUCCUCUGACGAGGAGCCUCAAUGGGUUAAGAGGCAAGGACCUGGAGGAAAUAUUAUGAUUGUUCCAGCAGCGGAUGUUAAGAAGUCCAAGCACAUCUCUCCUCAAGAUGCGAUAGAUGAAUUUUGGGUCAAAUUCAAUAGCAAGACACCAGGAAAAGCUUCCACUGUCCUACCCAAGAACUUAUACACAACAAAAGCUGGUCAGAAGGCAUCCAAGCCUGUCACAAGAGGCAAGAAUGCCGUUGCAUCAUAUGAAGAAGCGGCAGCACUAUGCAAAGCAAAAGUUGCCAAAAUCGUCAAAGAAUGUCGUCGAGUAAACCAAAAAUAUCGCGAUCCGCACUUCGAUAUUGAGUUCGAUUUGAAGUGGGGAAAAGGAGAUUGUCUACAAAUGCUCGAGAAUACAAGCGAGAAAUUAACUCCAACAUUCAGUCCUGGGUCUGUCAAAAGAGUCGGUGAUAUAUUCGACAAUCCUCAAUUUUAUGUCAGCGGAGCGACCGCAAAUGAUAUUAGACAAGGACGUGAUGGUGAUUGUUGGUUCAUGGCAGCUCUUUGCACAUUGGGAAAUAAGCCUGGCUUGAUUGAAAAGGUUUGUGUUGCCAGAGAUGAGAAGAUUGGUGUUUAUGGAUUCGUAUUCCAUCGGGAUGGAGAGUGGAGAUCUGAAAUCAUUGAUGAUAAGCUUUAUUUGACGAAGCCUGACUACGAUGAGAGUUGGAUUGAACGUAAUCUAAUCGAAGAUCGCCAGCGUAUUAAUUCCGAAGAAGAUUACCGCAAGAUUUAUCAGAGUAAUUCUGGUGCUUUGUACUUUGCGCAGUGCGAAGAUCCAAAUGAGACUUGGUUGCCGUUGCUAGAAAAGGCAUAUGCAAAAGCUCAUGGAGAUUAUGCCGCGAUUGAAGGAGGUUUUACGGGUGAAGGGCUUGAGGAUCUUACUGGUGGUGUGACAACCGAAAUCUUCAGCACCGAUAUUCUCGAUAAGGAAUACUUCUGGAAAGAAGAAUUAUUGAAGGUCAAUAAAGAUUUUCUAUUCGGUUGUGCUGCCGGUAUUUUCUGCGGUCGUGGUUAUAGAAAAGGUAUUUAUGAGGGUCAUGCAUAUUCAGUUCUACGAGCUGUGGAGAUGGAUGGACAACGACUUGUCUUACUGAGGAAUCCGUGGGGUGAGGGCGAAUGGAAAGGAGCAUGGAGUGAUGGAAGCAAAGAGUGGACACCAGAAUGGAUGAAGAAACUUGAGCAUCGCUUCGGAGAUGAUGGUUCAUUCUGGAUGUCCUAUGGCGAUCUUCUCAAAAAAUUUCAAACUUUCGAUCGCACAAGACUUUUCACUGAAGAAUGGAAGGUUACGCAAUCAUGGGCUUCUAUGGAAGUUCCAUGGACUGUCAAUUACCAUGACACCAAAUUUUCUUUCACUCUCGACCAUGCAGCUCCUGUUAUGAUCGUUCUCUCUCAACUCGACAGCCGUUACUUCUGUGGACUCGAAGGGCAAUAUCGUUUUGAGUUGUCUUUCCGUAUACACCAGGCUGGUGAAGAAGAUUACAUUGUUCGAAGUCAUGGUAAUUAUUGGAUGCGUCGCUCUGUUACUGCUGAACUUGAACUCCCAGCGGGUGAAUACGAUGUCUUGAUGAAAGUUAAAGCUUUCAAAGACGGCAGCUCCUUACCAGUAGAAGAUGUUGUUCGUAAUAACGCCAAAAAACGUCGUGAUAAGCUUUCCCGUAUCGGUCUUUCUUAUGAUUUGGCUCAUGCUAAGGGAAUUGUCAAAGAGACCCCUGAAGAGAAGAAGGCUAGAAAAGAGGCUGAGGAGAAGAGAAAGAAUAAGGCGAGAAAAGAAGUUAAGGAGAGAUUGAUGAAGGAAAAGAAGAAGAGAGUUCAUAAUGAUAACAAGAAGAAACGCAAAGUUCAAGCGAAGAAAAUCAAACGUAUGGUUAAGGCCAAAGCUAAGAAGGCCAAGAAGGCAGCUCAGAAAGCAGCUGAAAAAGAGGCGAAAAAGACAGCUGAAGAUGUUGCUGAGGUGGUUUCAGAACAAACUGCGAAAGAAGCUGGUGAUGAAGACCCGGAGGCUAAAGUAAAGGUUGUGGAAGUUAAAUUCAUUGGAAUUGAAGCCAAAGAUGAUGGAAAGACAAAUUCCGAUGCCGCACCAUCUGAUAAAGAAUCAGACACUGGGAAACCAGCGAUAAUCUCUGUGGCCACAUCGGAAAGGUCCAGAAACACGACGACUAUCGGUGGACCGGUCGACACAGAAACUGGGAGCAAAUCAAAAGAAGACAAAGUCAUUCAACUCAAGGCCAUAAAUGUCGAUGUCAAAUCAGUUACAGUCACAAAUCCGUCUACAUCCACCUCCACAUCAACAGUCACAGAUCCGCCUAAAGCUCCUAUCGACGAAUCAGACGAAUCAGACGACUCAGAUGACUCAGAUGACUCUGAUCUCGAAUCCAUAUGUUCUGACAUAUCAGACAUCAGCGUCGGAGUACUCGACGAUACAAUCGAAGCCGAAAACAAAGUAAUUCUACCUGUACCAACCACUACUCCCGAAGAAGAAGAUGAAUUUGAGAAAGAUCCAUGGAAUGCAGUUUUGGUUGUCGGGCUUAGGGUCUAUAGUAAAGAAAGCACAGUGACGGUUAGGGUCAAGAGAGAGAGAAAGUGGGAGGAACCGCUGAAGAAAAAGAAGAAGAGAGAUAUUAUGGGUGAGGAGAUUAGUAGUGAUGAGGAUGAAGAUGAAGAUGAGGAUCCCAUGGAGGUUGGGGAGAAAAAAUUAGAUGUGGAUGAUUCGGCCGCAGAUGCGGCGGAUAAGGCGGUGGAAAUUGUGGUGGAUACUCCGAUUGAGGAGAGGAUGGUCUCGAUUGGAGAGGAUGGUGAUGGGAAGGACAGGGAUAGUGAGAGUUCUUCGGUUGUCGUUGUUUAG